AUGACAGAACUAAUUAGAUAUUGCAGAGGUAUAGUACAAAGAGGAUUAAAAGAAUCUCUAAAGACAUUAUACUACACUGGUGAAAUCAAAUAUGGUACCAUUGUCGGUCAAGAUUCUUUUGGUAACAGAUACUAUGAAAAUAAGGCUGAGCCACACGGAAGACACAGAUGGGUAGAAUAUGGUAACCCAAAAAAUGUUGAUGCUUCUUUAGUUCCACCUGAAUGGCAUUCAUGGUUGCAUCAUAUCUCUGAUAAGCAUGGUAAUACUCAAGAUAUGAUGUCAUUCACACCAACAUACAAGAGAGAACAUUUCCAAAAUCCAACUGGUACCGAUGCAGCUUACACACCACCAAACUAUUUGUACAACAUUGAAAAGCAAAAGGAGAUUUUAGAAGAAGAAAAGAAAUAG